AUGCGGCAAGCGGCGAUGAUGCCGCUCACUGCUUUCGUGGUUGCUGGACUUUCUCUCUCUGCUGGAAUCUGUCAGGCGUCACAGGAGUACGAGAAUAACGUGGAGCUGCUGCAGCGCAAGCUGACGCUGCAGAAUUUUAAGCCUCACGUGCUGCUAUUUGUCGCCGAUUGUAUGGGCUGGGCGGGUCUCGGAUCCCAUCGAACCGCCGAAAAUUCUGCAGAGGCCCAGGGCAAAGCCGAGACGCAGACCCCAAUUUUAGAUAACCUCAUCCGAGACGGGGUGCUUCUAGAGAGGCAUUACACGGGCUCAUCGUCCAUUCCGUCCCGGCAAUCCUUGAUUAGUGGUCGGCUGCCACGUGAAUUUGCUGCACCAAUGGCUGGCGUUUCGAACCCUACGACCUUCUGGAAUCCAGAAGAUAACAUCUCCGGAUUCUUCGGAGUUCCACGAAACAUGACAGGCAUCGGCAGCAAGUUAAAGCAAGCGGGUUACGCCACCCAUUACGUGGGGAAGUGGGCUGCCGGCCAUGCCACUCCGGAACAGACUCCCUUUGGCCGAGGCUUUGACUCGUUUCUUGGAUACUUGGGUGCUGAGAAUGAUUACUGGUCGAAGCAAGGCGAUGCUGAGGAGUUUAUUCGCAGCAUAUGUGUGGAGAAGUUUCAAGAUUUUUCUCUGUACAAUGCCACGUACCGUGGCGGCGUGGAUGAUACGAUUGCGGCAGAACUCGGCUGCGAAGAACGCCUGAAAGGCAAGUCCUUCAACAAACAUGGUUGCAACGAAGAGGAUCCCGACGAUUGCUUGCCGGAUGGCUGCCACGAAGAGUCCAUGCUUCUUGAGUAUGCUAUGAGACUUAUCAAGAACCACGACUCUUCAAAGCCACUGUUCCUCACUUACUCAUCGCACCUUGUGCACGUCCCUUACGAAUUCACUGCUUCAGCCUCAAAGUUGGAAGCCGACAUUCAGAAGUCCGUGAAAGAGUCUGGUAUUAAAGAGAAACUUCCGUGGACCUCGCCCCGCAAGGGUACGGCUGUCAGCCUGGCCUCCAUGGACUCGAUCAUGGGAAGGCUUGUUGAGGCUUUAAAAGAGCACGGCAUGUUUGAAGACACGCUGGUCGUUUUCAUAUCUGACAACGGUGGAAGCGUCCAAGUCAGGUCGGGUGCAAACAACUAUCCCUUGAAAUCGGGGAAGUUCUCAGAGUGGGAAGGCGGAGUGCGCACCAAUGCUUUCAUCUCUGGAGGUUUCAUCCCAGCCAGACAUCGCGGCAGCAGUUUCCACGGGGUGAUUCACAUCGCCGACUGGUAUGCAACUCUAUGCAGUUUGGCUGGUGUGAGCCACGUCGAUGAUGUUUCGGCCAAAGCCAAUGAGCUCCUUCGUCUCCAGGGUAGACCACUGCUAGGCGAGGUAGAGGGCCGGCCGCAGCUGCAGAACAUCUUCUCAGGAAUCAAUGGCCGCCCCGACGCACUCCACUUGAGCUCGAGCUCCUUGCUGAAGUGGCCUUACAAACUGGUCACCGGGCAGCAGAAGUACAGCUUCUGGCCUGGCCCAGUCUUCCCAAAUUGCAGCAGUGACGGCCCAGAUGACGCCCCUCUGGAUGUCUACACGCACUUUUUCUCUUUUGAGAAUGAAUCUGCUCGCUUGGAGAAGGACAUGGUUGAGGACUGCGGCAACGGCUGCCUCUUCAACGUCGAAAUCGACCCGAGCGAACGCUGGGACCUGUCUUCACAUACAGACCACAAUGCUGUGCUGUCAAGCUUGCAAGCAGAGCUGAAACUGAUGAAUUCCAAGGCCUUCAAGGCAGACAUUGGUCAUUCACGAGUGCAAGCCUGUCUGCAGUCAUUCCGGCAAGGAGGCUUCGUAGGCCCUUUUGUAGAUGUGGGGGACUUCUACACAACUCAUCAAGUCGCGGGAGAAGAAGAGACGGAGAUGUACAGACAGGAGCUGAUGCAGCUCCAGGCUCGGCUCAGGGAUGAAGAAUUCCUAAACGAAACGGCCCGGGAGAUGUACGAGAAGAUGGGUUCGCUAUCUGAUGAGCUCGGCUGUUUUGACUAG